GAAAUGCUCGGAUCGAACAGCUUUGUUUCAACUGCUUUUAUUGUGAAAGGUUUAGGCGGAAGCUAGUUAGCGGUGGAUGUAGCAGCUAGCUAGUUCUGUGAGGUUCGGUUUAGUGCAGUCAGAACCAGGGAACCAUGGCCUACCAGCUGUACCGGAACACCACGCUCGGGAACAGCCUCCAGGAGAGUCUGGACGAGCUCAUCCAGACCCAGCAAAUCACCCCCCAGCUGGCCCUGCAGGUUCUCCUCCAGUUCGAUAAAGCCAUCAACGCAGCGCUGGCCAGCCGGGUCCGGAACCGGGUCAACUUCAGGGGUUCUCUGAACACCUACCGGUUCUGCGACAACGUUUGGACCUUCGUUCUGAAUGACGUGGAGUUCAGGGAGGUCACAGAGCUGGUCAAGGUCGACAAGGUGAAGAUCGUCGCCUGCGACGGAAAGAGUGAGUCUUUGCAGAACCACAACAGAACCUGAGAACCCAGAUCAGCUGCAGGUUAGCAGCAGCUGGACCGGACCCGCUCAGCGACUGAAACUAGACGGGUCGGCUUCAGAGGAAUUCUGAAAUUAAGCCCGAUCCAUUCUACCAGACCUGAAAAUUCUAUCAGAACCACUAUAACAGCAGGUCCAAUCACAGCUGC